AUGGCCGGCCAAGCAAAAGCUCCAAUCUUGUUCUCCCCUAUUAAAGUUGGAGACAUGUAUCUCCAACAUCGCAUCUGCAUGGGUCCCAUGACUCGAUCACGAUCUCCUGGUGAAGUCGCCAACGACAUGAAUGCCCUCCACUAUGCUCAGAGAGCAACACCUGGUGGAUUGUUGAUUACAGAAGGAACAUCGCCUUCAAUCACCGCUCAAGGCUACGAUCAUAUUCCCGGCAUAUUGACUGAAUCCCAAGCUGCCGGCUGGAAGCAAGUUUGCGAUGCUGUCCACAAGAAGGGUGGAUACAUUUGUGCUCAAUUAUGGCACACCGGACGAGUCUCUACCAGGAAAUUCCAGCCUGGUAAUCAGGCUCCAGUCUCUGCCUCAGCAACCAAAUCCUCUCGCAAGGCCGAACCUGCUCGAGCACUUGAAGUGGACGAGAUCAAGUUCAUUGUCAACGAGUUCAGGACCUCGGCCAAGAACAGCAGAAUCGCUGGAAUGGACUGUAUCGAGUUACACGGGGCCCACGGUUACCUGAUCGACCAGUUCCUUCAAGACAGCUCAAACUUGAGGACUGAUUCCUACGGUGGAUCCAUCGAAAACCGAUGCAGAUUCCUCUUUGAAGUCUUGGAUGCAGUCUUACUAGAACUCCCAGCCUCAAAAGUAGCCAUCCGAUUGUCACCAUUCGCCAACUCGAGCGUCACCGACAAGGACCCUGUCGCUCUUUUCAGCUAUAUCCUAAACCGUCUGAACGGCUACAAGCUCGCAUACGUGCAAUUCACUGAACCCGCUUAUGCGUCUUCGUUGACUACUCGUACCGGACCACCUCACCGUGAAUCCAAGUUGAAUGUCUUCAAUGGAAUCUUGAAGGAACCCACCAAGGUCAUGUUAACUGGUGGUUACGAGUUAGAGUCUGCUGAAGAAGCUUUGGCAACUUCUCGAGGACAGUUGAUUGGAUUUGGUCGCGCAUUCAUUGUUAUGCCUGAUCUCGUUGAGAGACUCCGUCACGACUUGCCACAAGUUGCUCACGAGAACCCUCGUGGAAUGUACAACCCAGGUCCAAAAGGAUAUAUCGACUAUCCUACUUACGCAGAAGAGCAAAAACGAGCAAGUCUGUAA